UUAUAUAUGCUUAUAUAUAGUUAUACCUCUCUUAACACAGCUACAAAAAUGUUUGCUGCACACAACCUCCUUUCUCUUGCAGGCCUGCUCCUCUUCAAUCUUCUGCCAUUAGUUGCAUCACUUGAUGAUCAACAUACAUCAAAACACAAUCUUCAAAAGAUUCAGGUCACUCCCAAACUGUCAUAUCAGAUCAAACUCCAUGCAUUCCUCCUCUGGGCUUCUGUUGGUUUCUUGAUGCCAAUUUCUGUACUCAUAAAGAGGAUCUCUAACUCAGAUCCAUCUCCCACUAAACUAACAAUCAUAUUCUACACUCAUGCUAUCACUCAGGUUUGUGCAGUCCUUUUAGCAACAGCAGGAGGCUUAAUAUCAAUAAAAUACUUUGAUAACUCAUUCAGCAAUCAUCACCAGAAAAUAGGUCUACUCUUCUAUGCUGCCAUAUUGUUGCAAACAAUGCUUAGCAUUUGGAGGCCACAGAGGGGAAGCAAAGGCAGAAAGAUUUGGUUUGUGUUCCACUGGCUAGUGGGAAUUGCAGCUUUGUUGGUGGGAGUGAUGAAUGUGUUCACUGGUUUAGAAGCCUACCAUGAAAGGAUGUUGGAGGAUGUCAGAAUUUGGAGAGUUGCUUUUAUGGUUGAGUUGUGUUUGAUGCUUCUUGUCUACCUUCUCCAAGAGAAAUGGCACUACUUGACUCAUCAACACAAGACUGAGGCUUGCUGAGAAUUAAAUUUUUAGUUGCUUGAAAUUGUGUUUGUGAGUAAUGUUUGUGACAUUGGAGUAGACCAUCAAUAGAUAUGUAUUUAUGAAUGUUUGAAGAGAGAGGGAGAGAAUGUAAUCAAAUUAAUUCAAGAACUUUUUUUUUUUGAGACAAAUUAAUUCAAGAACUUGAUUGAGAAGAAGAAAGGUACUAACUUUCAUUUG